UAAUGGUGUAGUGGGAUGUCAUUAAAGUUAUUUCCAGUCUGAAAUAAUUGAUGCUAACCAACUAAUAAUUUAAUAAACAUUAUUCAUUAUUGUGGUCCUCCAUGCCAGUAACUUCCAGCUUUGCGUGUAAACAGUUGACAUAGAUGUGCGAGUCCAAAAACAUGGAGUUCGGUAGUCCUUCUCUUGUGCUACGUCGACGCUGCAGCGUAUCAAAGGCUUGAAGCAAAGGUUCUGGCUAUUUGUUCAUCCUUAUUUCAGUGAGGCGGUGAGCUUCACUUUAAUUGGUGCCCCAGUAACGUUUGUGGAAUGGAUUAUAAGGAUAAAUUCCAAAACUAAAAAGUCGCAUGCCAAGUAGGACUGUAGGAGAGCAACGAUCAGAAAGGAAAGAAAAAACGCUGCAAGAGAGGAGAGAAGCAAGGACCCCCAUUUUCGGUUGAGAAGGUUUCGGGAUUGCAGCUAUUGAUGGAGUGAAAGAAAGGAAAAAACGGGAGGAGGGGGGAGGAAGAAGAGUAGAAAACGCUGCAACAAGAGCAAGGGCGCAGAUCAGAAGAAACGGCAAAGCAAUCUUCACCCUUUGGAAUACCUCUGUAGCUCCAUCGAUGGCCGUUCAAAACAUCUACAUCAUCACUGAGUUCACCGCGGAAGAAAUCAAAGGAUUUCUGGACAGAAUCUACACCGGUAUGGUCUGUGACCUAACGGCUCUACCGGAAAUCGCAAAAGACACAAAGAGAAUGAAGAGGAUAGUCACUGGCCUCACCAACUCCCAACUGGCUAAGGUUGUGACCUACCCUUACCAGUUUUACAGUUUGACCGAUGUGGCAGAGUUCUAUCUCAAUGCUGACAGAGUAGAUGCUACCAUUGUAGGGUGUGUUUCGGAAAAUAAAGAAAAAUUAAUUAAAAUAAAUUAAUUAAAUAAAAUGACGAAAGAAAAACAAGAAAGGAGAUGAAGCAGAAUUUGUCAAAGCUCGUGCUACGCACGAUGUCCUUAAAACGUAUUUGUUGCCUCCCACGGUGCUAGGAGCGUUGCAACAAUAGUUUCCCAGGAUACGAUGACAACGAACUAGUGUUUGAGCACUCAAACAAAAGUUCCAGCGAACGAGAACAAAGACUGAACUCAGAAGGAAUUUUCAGAGUGCUAGCAGUGUGUUUUUAGAGCUAAAACGUGUAUGGAUUCGUGUAAAAUCGUGUAAGAACUUGUGUUGUUGCAAACCACCUGCCAGCCUUUAUAUAGGAGGAUUUGUUGUAUGAAAAUAGUGAAUUAAUGGACCUGAACGUUGGACAUCAAUGACCAGUCCGUUGGGCAUUGAAUCGUCCAUGAACUGUCCAUUUAACGCUGCAUUAAAAGAUAUAAACGUUGGGCAUUUAUUGCUGUAACGGUUCAGAAGCCAUCAGAAGACCCCUACGUAGUUCUGCCCGAAGGCCAUCAGAACUGGAGCAAUUCUGAUGCGCGGUUAUCAGAACCGGAGCAGUUCUGAUGCGCGGUCAUCAGAACCAGAGCAUCUCUGCCCGAAGGCCAUCAGAACUGGAGCAGUUCUGAUGCGCGGCCAUCAGAACCGGAGCACCUCUGGUCGUGGCCUUCUGCCCGGAGCAAUUCUGCUAACUGGGAAAAAUAUACGUUUCGGGAAGAAAACAAAAAUUACCCGUAUCUCUUGAGAGAUGGAUUUUUGGACGACAUUCGUGUCCGCAGGUCGCCCGCGCACGCAAGUCGCGGUUUUUCUUCUCCGAUUUCGGGAUUUGAUUUGCACCCCCCCCUGCGCGCGUGGAGAGAGCCUUUACCCUUAAGAAUCUUAACUCCUCAAGGGGGGAGAUCCCUUAUAAAGGGUUGCAAAUCCCUUGGGUUUUCCGGUGUAGGAAAUUAACACUAGAAACCCAUCCUUUUUCCCAGUUUUUCCAUUCUAACGGGUCAACUUCGAAAAGCGAUUUCUCAUUCACCCGUUAUCCGUUUUGAGCGUACCAUAUAUCGAAUUGUAGCCCUAAGCAAGGACAAUCCGAAACCACUUUGACCCGACCCAAAUCGGAAGUGGACCCCACUCAAAAAAUUGCCCCAAAAUAGCCAUUUAAUGCAAUUUUUCACACAUUUUUCCAACAACCAUCACCUCCACCGUCAAUCAACGAGAGGUUGAAUUAACUGUAGGGAGCAUCAACAGGUUCUUCAGCAUUGCAGAAGACGAAUCUGCUGCAGAAGGCUCACUCAUCUGUCUGGAAGAUGUAGAGCUCAAAACUGAGGCCUUCUGUGAGAUAUUUUUCAGAACAGAAUACCAGAAUUUGCAGAAAUGCAAUGCCAAGAAGUGGUGUCUCAAGAAAGACUAUGAGCGCACAGUGGACUUAAUUCACAAAUGCCUAUUUUGCAAGACAGGGUCUACCGACGACAUGACCAUUUCUGGUGCUAAAGCUUUGGUUGCUACUCGGCUGGGAUUAAAGGUCAACUGGGGCUUGGUAAUCUUUGAAUGCCUCACCACAUUCUUGACAAAGAGAAACGAUAACAAAACUCUGUCAAGCAAAGUGGGCUAUGGGCUGUUCCUGUCUGCAUAUCUGGAGAAAGCAGGAAUCUCCUUAAGGAACAAGCUUGCUGUGGACUACAGGAAGGUUGCCUUUCUGCAUACCACGUCCAACCGCAACAUUGCCAUAGCUGCGGAGAGGAACAAUAAUUCAACAAAAAAGACCUCAAAGAGGAAAGCACCUGAGGCACCUACCAGAAAAGCUCCAAAGAAGGCUUCCAAGAAAGCUAAAAGGAUCAAGAGACCCUCAAAGAGAAUAAUUGAAAGUGAUUCUGAAUCUGAGGAGGAACAGACUCAAGGGGAACAAGAUCAACAUCUUCAUAUUCUGGAGGAACCGGUGUUAUUAGAGUCUGUGCUACCAGAACUGACUGAACCAGAAGCUGUAUUACCAGAAUCUUCUCUACCAGAAUUACCCACCACCACCACAGAAGAGGUAAUCAUUGACAUCUCUGUUUUAGAUAACCAAUUUGCUCGGGUCCAGGCUUGGAGGACAUGGAGAUUAAGUCCACUUGAGGACCUUAUCAGACAGGUCGAUCAUUACAUGACAGAAGAACCCUAUGUCCUGGAAUGGAUAGGGUGUCUAGACAUUGUUAAAUGUCUGGAUCUUCAAUUCCUUGAAGGAAUUUUGGAAGAGAAGAAGUCAGCCCUGAGAGGGAACUCUAUAUCAGAAAUGGUUGUACCACAACAAGAGGCCACAUGCAUUAACUUUGAGGAUGCAGAGUUUGAUGAGUGGUUGAUGCGAAGAGGGGACACAAGGGAAUACUCCCAACAGAAGAGCUACCCCACUGCCAUGAAUGAGCUCCGGCAGAUUUGGGAACAAGAGAGAAAAGGGAAAUUUGUUGCCUUCCCUGAUUCACCUCCCUCUUCACCAGAAACCUUCUCUACCUUACAACAAUCCACUACCGUCCUACCAAAAACACCCAUUCCCACUUCCACAGAACCAGACCACCAACCCGAUACCACCAACUUACCUACUCCACCUCCUACCCAACAAAAACCUCUUACACCCUUCUCUACACCACCCCAAUCACCUUUUAACCAGAGCUCUGAACCCACUCCACACCAGAGAACUCCAUCACCUCAACUAUCUCCACCUCACCAGAAUACCCCUACACCACCUAAAUCUGCUUCACCCACUCCCCAACACUCACCCAAAACCGUGUCAGAGCCUGUCCCCGAUCCGAGGAAAGGACGGAUAUGCGGGACUUUCCCGUACCCAUUCCCAAAUUACGAAGAUGCUCUUUUGUGUAUGAAAAUACGGGAAUAUAAAAUUUUUCAAUCCCCCUCUCUCUCCAUAGAUAGUGGAUUAGUGGGAAUGGGCUAAUCUUUUUUUU